GAUUAUCAUUACGAACUUGAGCUUUUUUAUAUGCUCAAAUUCUAUUGAAGUCGCAUCUUUGUGUAUCCUGGAUGAUUCUUUUGCUAUAUGAAACUAAGUUCAGAAUUUUGUAGCGGAUUGCUGUAACCGACUUCGCCCGUUUCUGAAUAACACACGCUCAUAGUGUGCACGAAACGAUACUAAUAUUUUUGUUUCAAGAGUUUUUUUUUGGUUUUCGGCUCUAUUUUUGUCAAAAUUUCUUGUGAGGCUGUGUUUUGGUAUUGGGUUUUGCUGAGUGAAAAUGUUCGAUAUUCAUUUUCACUUGUUCUUUUGCUGUUCCGAUGAUAGCGUGAUGCGAUUUGUUAUUUUUUCUCACUGAAAUCUAAGAUCCGUAUAAGCAAUUUGUUGCUUCCUUUCUACAGAAAUACCAGGAAAGAUAGUCCUUACUCCUUAGCCAUUGUGCAUGUCGACGUCUCAGAAUCUUAAGUUUGGGAUACAGUCUUCGCCUCGUAUCACUACUAAGAAAUCAGAAAGUGUUCAGGAGUAUAUGAAAUCAUCAUGCAUUCCAAGGAGGUGUGAAAGUAGCAGGCCAAAUUUACCCUCAAGUUUAUCUGGUUCCAAGCGGAAUGGGAGGCUUGAUUCGUCUGAGUCGAAUAUGAAUGUUGAGGGAAUGAGGAAGAAGCAUAAGUCCGUAUCGCAGGUGACCAUGGAAGCUGAAAAGUCUAAGGUUCCCUUAGACUCAGUUGUUUCAAAGCCAGCAAAGUUGACUGGCCGUAGUUUCAAGAUUAGAUUCAAAAGAGGGCGCAAAGUGGAAAGUGUAUCAGGCAAAGGAACAUCUAAUGUAGGUGGAGGGAGGUCGCCCAUUCUAUCAUCCAAUCUAAAAAAGCUGAGAAGUAAUGAAGAUCAAGAGAAGCUCCCUUCACAGAAGAGGCUAGCACUGGAGGAUAACAGUGCAGAUAUUGGUAAAACUGUAAAAGAAAUCAAGGAAAAAUGUGGAAAGCGGAUGGAGAAGCUCAUUCAGGAACAGAAGGGGAAAAUUCAGGAGUUCCAUCGUGUUUGGGAGGAUAAUAUGUCAAUAUUGGAAAAGGAUCGUAAACUGGAAGCGGCCAUUAUUCAUUCUAUAUACGGCAAACAAACAAUAACGAUAGACAGGCUUGCGAUCUUGGAUGAUAAAUUUGCGAAAAAAAUGGCAGAGAACAAUCUCAAAAAGGACAAGCAACUUAGAGAUCUUGUGGCAGAACACUUAGCUGCAAAAAACGAGGAGAUCCAAAAGGAAGCUAACUCUCUGUCUGAAGCAAAAUCCCACGUCUCUAGCAAGCCUACAGCAUACCGCAAAGAACAGCCAUUUGGUUCACAACAUGAAGAAGUUUCUAGAUGUUCUAAGUCGAGAACGCAUAUCCUAGGUGCUAAGGAUGCAAUGGCCCUAACUGAGCAGCAUGGACAAAAUAGUGAUUCAAGUAUAACUGUGAAGAGGAAUCAUGUUGAACGAUCCAAAAAUUUUGAUCGUGCUACAGCUAAGGAAGUAGCAUGUAACCCCUCUUAUGGAAAUCUAAGUAGUGCGGCCAUUAUUCUAAAGUUCUUGGAUGAUAAAUCUGCAAAAAGAAUGGCAGAGAAAAAUCUCCAAAAGGACAAGCAACUUAAGGAUCUAGAGGCAGAACAAUCAGCUGCAAGAAAUGAGGAGAUCCAAAAGGAAGCUAACUCUCUGUCUGAAGCAAAAGCCCGCGUCUCUAGCAAGUCUACAGCAUACAGCAAAGAACAACCAUUUGGUUCAAAACAUGAAGAAGUUAAUUCGAGAAUGCAUAUCCUUGGUGCUAAGGAUGCUAUGGCCUUAACUGAGAAGCAUGGACAAAAUAGUGACUCAAGUAGAACUGUGAAGGGAAAUCAUGUUGUGCGAUCCCAAAUUUCUGAUCAUGCUACAGUUGAGGAAGUAGCAUGUAACCCCUUUUAUGAAAAUUCAAGUGGUGAAGCAAAUAGUAGUCAGAAAAAGGAAGGUAGCAUAUCUUACUCAGAUACACGGACGCCGGCUGUUGUUGAGAAGAUUAAUCUACCAAUGCAUUUGGGUGCUGGGGGAAGUAUCCUUGCCAAUCUGGCGACUUCUGGUGAAGGAGUUCCUGGUGAAAUGCAACUGCUUGAGCUGCAUGGAGAGGUUCCAUCUAAGAUGCCUGAAACAGUUGCUUAUGAAACGUUGGAUGAGGAUGCAAUUGAUUUACCUGAUGCAGAGCAGCUUACUCAACCAGUGCAUUUUGGUUGUGCUGAAAAAAUCUUUGUGAAGCCCCCUGAUUCUGGAGAAAGAGCUGCCGUUGACAUGCAAGUGCCCAAUCUGUGUAAAGACAUUCCUACAGAAUGGACUGAAACUGAUGAUGAAAUUGUGGAUAAUGUCAACCCAAUGGAAUUGAGUGCUAAUACUUCUAUUAAUGGAUUUGGUGCGGGGACUGCAAUUAAUUUGCCUGAUGCUUUGCUAAACCAAAGAAAUGAGACUGACAGGACCACCAUUGAUGAUCUUGAUUUGGCUGGAAAGGUACGAAAAGAGCAAGAUGUGGUACCUUCUGAAAUACAAGGCCAUGGUAUAGAGGAAGCAGGAAAGGUAAACUCUUCUCUCUCUGAGAUUGACACUGCAGAACUUGUUGAUACUGCCAGAGAGUCUCUGUCGAAUAUUGAACCACAAGCCAGUGAGGAGCUUGCAAUAGAAACUCAAAGUUCGUCAAGAGCUGAAGCUUCAAUGUUGAAAGUCACCGACACUGUAAUAGCUGAGCAGUCCUCUGCACAAAUACAAGAUCAGAACACCUCAGUUGUUAAAGAUCAAGUUACUUCACUGAUAGAAGCUGCAGACUCAGAGAGAGUUGACGCUGCAGCCCCUGCUCCAUCAGAACUUGUUGGUACUGUAAAGACUUUGGAAUCAUAUAACAAACUCCAAGACAACGCUGAGCUGGAAAUAGAAACUCGAAGUAUGUCAAGGAUUGAAGUUUCAGCCAUAGAGGACAUGAACUAUAAUACAUCACAUAUGCUGUCCAGUAUAGAACAGCAGGAUGAAGAUGCAGUAAUUAUUACCAAUCAGGUUAAUUUGGAGACUGAAGCAUCAAAUUCACUACUACCUGACAAUGCAACCCCUGUGCAAUCCCAUACUGAUGCACCAUCGAUUGAAAGUGAUGUGCAGCUGCAGCUCAUGAAUAUUGAUGCAUCUCCAAGCCGUAACCAGUUGCCGUCCCCUGAACAUGAAAGCCAAAAUCAUAAUCUGGGAAGAAGUUCCUCUGGAGCUGCUGUGACUGAAAUGCUUUCACAUGCAUCCAUGUCUCGAUUAAGGGAAGGUUUGGAACAGCAGAGUAAUAUUCCUGAUGUCAGAGAUGAACAAACAAGUCUUCAGAUAUCUACUUCUGUCCAGAAUAAUGUAGCUACAGAAGUGGUGCCAAGUACCAAUGAAGCCUUACAUGAUGCUGUUCUACAGUUCGGAGGUCUGAUCCAUCUUCCCAUUAAUCAAGUUUCUCCAUCUCUGUUUGCUGAUCCACUUAAAAACGAAUUGGAAAAAAUAAAAAAAGAAACCGAAGAACUGCAGAAAAGUCAUGAUGAACUGAUAAAAGGGCUAAAAUAUGAAUGCGGAAAAGAGAUGCAGGAACUUUUCGAUGCAGUACGAAAGAAAUACCAGCUCAAAAUUCAGGAUACUGAAGCACAAUUUGCACUGAAGAACAAUGGACUUUGUCAGAAGGAGAAGAAAAUUUUGAUGAAUAAGAUAUUGGCUGAUUCCUUCAACGAUAAUUGCUUGAAUAUGUCGUCUACCUGGCCUAUGUUGCUGCAAGGUUUUCCUUCCAGUUCCAUGCAAUAUCAUCAACACUUGGUUAGGCCUGCUGGGGCUUGUGCUCCCAACCAGCAGAUUGCAAGCCCAAUUGGGCAAGCCAUGCCGCAGAUACCAGUACCUGGUUCUACGAGAGUUGGCCCUAUCACUAGCCAACAUUUUGCACCUCCAUUUAUACAACCUACUCCACAUUUUGAAGCUUUGCAAAGACAUGGGACCAUCUUUGGAGUCCAUCCCAUGAGUCUUCCGCGUUUUGGAGGAGAUAUAUAUUCUUCAGCUCAGCAGUUUCAGUCUUCUAUUCUUGGUCCAGCACAAUCCAUGCCCAAUGCUACUUUGAUAUCAUCCUUCCAAAAUCUGCAGCAACCGCAACAGCCUCUAGCAGCUCCACUGUGGCCAUCAAACUUUCACAAUCCUCGACAUCGUGGUUAUCCACCUGCUGUGAUGCAUACAUCUGCAUCAUCACAGUGGCCAUCAAACUUUCACAAUCCUCAACACCGUGGUUAUCCACCUGCUGUGAUGCAUACAUCUGUGUCAUCGUUUGAUUCGCUAAUGGAUGUGGAGCAUCUUCGUCGUCAUCACCAGCUACUUGAUGCUGUGCGGGGCAACCAGAGCUCUUGCACCGGAGCAGCUAAUGCUAUCUGCUUAUCUGAUUAACACUAGCUUUUCUUCUACGAUCAUUUUGGAAGCCUCACCGUCAUAUCCUCACUGGUAAUUUGGUAUAGUUCUACAAAGUCUAACUCAGUCUAUACGCAUAUAUUGCUCACUGCUAAAAGUUGCAUAGCUGUGCAGAAUGUUCCUAUCAUCGUUUUUGCACCAGUGAUGGUGGUUAACCUUACAUAAUCUAAAAGAAUGGAAGAGAAAAAAACCAUUCUUUUCUUUAA